AUGGAGGCAUUGAAAGAGCCUAAAAUCGAAAUCGAGGAGGAAAAAACCGCGGGAGACGUCGUUGUGAAGGUUGAGGAACCGGAGUUCCGUGUUCCAGUCAACCCUCACUCGGCGGAAAGUGAUAGCGAGCAUGCAAAGAAAGUCAAGAAGUAUAAGAAGAAGCAAGCCAAGAAGCAUCGCAAGGAGAAGGCAAAGAAACAUUCUAAUCGCGAACGUGUUGGCAACAACUCUCCAGCACCGGCCUCCGACUCUUCCGAUGAGGAUAAAGGAACCUCAUCGGAAGCAAAUUCUCGUCCUCAACCGUUCAUUUUUGCUCCGAUACCACUAGUCUACCCCCAGAACAUCGUGAUGUACGAGAAUUGCUACUACAAAGAGGCCAAGAAAGUCUUCCCAAAUCGUUUGCAUGAGAGAGGCGAGAAUGAGAGAUGGACUGCAUUUUUCCGUCGUCUUUAUUUGGAGAAGAUCAAUGCUCCACCAGCAUACGAAACACGUUCUCACAAGGCGAAAGCGGCGGUUCAAGCAGGAGAAGUUUCCCAGGUUGUAGGAGAGGAAUCGAGUGGUGAGCGCCUUGUUGACAAGGAAUUGCCUUAUAUGUUUAUUGUAGAUGUCGCUGGUCCUGCACCACCACCGGCUCCUUCUGGACCAGUCAUGGUCGAACGUGGAUGCUCUCCAAUUAUCGACCCAUCCGAGGAAAUCGCUGCGCUUUCCGUGGCUGCUCGGGAAGCCGCUUCAUCCCAAGCCGGAACCUCAUCUUCCUCUGGCGACACCACAAACAAGAGCUUCCAAUAUUUGUAA